AAGUGCAAAGAGGUGAUGAGGUGCAACAUGAGAAUACACACUAGUUCACCACGUCGCUUUUAGAUGAAAGACAAAGAAUCAUGAAGGCUGUGAUAAGCAACAACGUUAAUUACAAGAAGCAAUUAUCUGCUGUUUUUGUAAAGUUUGCUGUAUGUUUUUUGUUGAUGGGACUUGCUUAUCGGUUGUUCUUCUCUACCUUUGUACAAUUUUCCCAUGUUGAAGUUUCUAACACAGCUUUUGUCCCGGAAAAGACAUUGCCGAAAUCCAGUAAUCUUACAAUGGAUCGAAGUUCACAAAAUGGAAAAUGUGAUUUAUAUAUAGGAGAAUGGGUACCAGAUCCCACUGGUCCAUUUUACACGAAUCGUACUUGCUAUUCCAUUGAAGCUCACCAAAAUUGUAUGAGAAAUGGGAGACCUGAUACUAACUAUCUUUACUGGAGAUGGAAACCGAGAGAUUGUGAGCUACCUAAGUUCAAUCCCAAGAGGUUCCUUGAUAUGAUGCGACACAAAUCAUUAGCCUUCAUUGGUGAUUCAAUUAUGCGCAAUCACGUUCAGUCAUUGCUCUGCAUUCUAUCUCAGGAGGAAAAAGGAGAAGAGGUUUACCAUGACAAGCAAUACAAAAGCAGAAGAUGGUAUUUUCCAACUCAUGACUCAACUCUUUCAGUGGUCUGGUCACCUUUUCUUGUAAAGGCCAUAAUUUUCGAAGACAACAAUGGAGUUUCAACGGAUACAGUCCAGCUCCAUCUUGACAAACUCGACGAUGUUUGGACUCGACAAUUUGACAAUUUUGAUUAUGCAGUUAUUGCUGGAGGGAAAUGGUACCUGAAAACUGCAGUUUACUAUGAGAAAAACAAGAUUGUUGGUUGCCAUAAUUGCGCUCGAAAGAACAUACCUGAGGUGGGAUUUGAAUAUGCAUAUCGCAAAGCACUGAACUUGACUCUGAAAUACAUCACAAGAUCAAAGAACAAGGCGUGUACUUUCUUUAGGACCACUACACCUGAUCACUUCGAGAAUGGUGAAUGGAAUACUGGAGGUUAUUGUAAUAGAACAGGACCUUUCAAAGAAGGUGAGGUUGACAUUAGAGACAUCGAUGAAGAAAUGCGUGAAAUUGAGUUGGAUGAAUUUGAGAGAGCAUUGAGAAUAAGUUCAGAAGUUGGGUUGACGUUAAAAUUGUUCGACACCACUUUCCUUUCGUUGCUUCGACCAGACGGUCACCCAGGAGUCUACAGGCAAUUCCAGCCAUUUGCUGGAAAAAACAGACAAACAAAAGUUCAAAAUGAUUGUCUACAUUGGUGCUUGCCUGGUCCAAUAGACUCUUGGAAUGAUUUAAUGAUGGAAACUUUGGUCAGCAGUUGAAAUGGGGACAUGCAUCUUUUUUUUUUCCCUCAUAGAAUUGUUCAUCUGCAACAUUUUACAUAUAAUCAUCUGGAUGAAGAGCACAGAGAAAACAAUCUGAAAUGGCCUAUAAUCAGUUUUUUCCACGUAAACGGCCCCCCUAGCUGCACAUAAAUCAGAGUCGGCUCAAUAAAUCAUCUCCAUUUCUUCAUGUAUGAAGAUCUUUGCAAUAAAUUGUAAAUUUCAAGA